AAGAGGAGAAAACUGCACUGACUCAGAACCUCAUCUGUGACUGGAGCUGGUUUUAUUACAUCAGCGUUUAUCAGAUUGAUGAAGAUGAUAAUCAAUGAGCAGCUGAAGUGCAGCGAGGUGUUUUCCGCUCAUGUGACACAGAUCCUGUAAGCAGAUGUAAUCUUCUCCUCCUCCUCCUGCAGGUCUUCUCUAGAGGGAUUACUGCAGACCUGAGGUCAGAGCGUCACAUUCUGCAGAAACAAACACGACGAAAAGCAGCAACAAGCAGAAGAAGAACAGCAGAGGAUGGAUGUGUGGAGGCGCUGAAGGCAGCAGAACAAGUCUACCGUCUGGACGAACCUUCAUCUUACUGGCUCCUCUACCUCUGCUGCUAUGCUAACCAGCUAACCUAAUCUCUGCUGGGGCUUAUAGUGAACUUUAACCACACAUUGGUGGUAUUAUUGCUGAAUAAUCCAACAUUCAGUCCAAAUAGUUGGUGCCGGUGAGGCAGAUGGAUCCAGACAGAGAGGAAGAUGUGUUUUCAGAUGCUGAAGACUCCUUCCCUCUGAGAGAAGACCAGGAAGAAAAGGAUGAAGAGGAAGAAGAAGAUGAAGAAGAAAAUGCCAGGAUCUUCAAUGCCUGGAUGCAGCAGUACAGAGGAGGGGAACAUCAGAAGAAGCAGGUGCAGGAAGAGAAGGAGGAGAAUGAGGAGGAUAUGGACUCAGAAGGAGGAAGACCUGAAAGCAGGUGCAGCUUUGAGCCGCCAGUCCAGAUGAGGGUUGACCGCCGCUCGUCUUUGCCCUGUCCGGCCACCCUCUCAUCCAUGCAGUUGUCUCGCCUUCACUCCUCCACAUGUGCUCCAGUAACAGCCAGGGUUUUGCUGCGACGCUCCUCCUCCCGCCGCCUCCUUCCCUCCCCACAGGAAGCUGCCGUCCCCCCGCUGGAGCAAAGACCCUCGCUCAUAUCCACCAUCCCCGAAGCUGUGCCUCCUGAGAGGCGGGGCCAGUUCAGACGACGAAACGUCAUGUCGUUGAGUGAUGCGUACAGCAUGUGUCUGAUCUGUCAUAAUGACUUAAGCCAAGGAUCAGGAGGGACCAGGGAGCUGCAGUGUACACACACCUUCCACAAAGAGUGUAUAGAGGAGUGGCUGUGGAGGAAACAGUCCUGUCCAACCUGUCACGUCCAGGUGUGUGUACCUCAGCCUCUCUACUGGAGCUCCACCAGGGUCAAGGUCCCCUGAGACAGGACUGUCUUCAAACAGGUCCUCUGGUUUCAUUACCCACAUCUGUUACCCAUCCUAUGAAACUUGGUUACAGCUCAGCUGUAAGUUUUCAGGUGAAAGUUUUUCUAUCACUACAGGUCUCUGAGAGCGAUCCAUGUCUGUCUCCUCAUGCUCUGUUUAUUGGGCUGGAUGAGUUUUUACUGCAAGGCCAACAAGUUCUCUACAGUUCAGCCGGCUGCCUUCAAACCUCACCAAAACCAAAACUACUGGACUCCAUCGCCCUGGUUUUACAUCAGAAAUCAUUUUCAGGUGUUAUCAUUGGUUUUUAAAAGUUUUACAGUGAAAAAUCAUACAGAUCAAUCAAUGACUCAAACUUACCAUGAGUUGAUGGUCAAACCAGUUUCUUCCAAAGGAUUUCAAAAUUUUUCUCCAGAUGAAGAUCUACUCGGGACUAAAAAACAUUUAAAACGUUCUUGAAACCGGAUUCAUUUUCCUGGCCAAGUAUUCAAAGGACUUUUUCUUUAUUGAGACAGUAUUUUAUUUACCAGUUAAUUUUGUACUGUUUUCUGACUAGAUUUGCUUGUCUGUUCAGCAUUUUGAGCUUGUUUUUAAAUUUCUCAAAGGCUUGAUAAAUAAGAAAAGACUUUUAUGAAAUAAAACUGCAGCUAUGGCUGGAAAACACAACUGAAUAAUGUUGAAGCUGAAUUGCAACCACUGUAACCUCAUUGUAAUGUUUUUUACAGCUUUAUCAAUGUUAUAAUGUUGUUGUUUUUUGGUUUGACUGAUUACAUAUGUACGAAUAUGGAUGCCGGCUGCAUUUUGCUUUAGCAUUGUACAAAGCCUCCGAGGAUGUAAAUAGUACUUUUAUUUUAAUAAAGAAAUAGCUAUUGUA